CCGCUCUGACGAACGAUGCUCUGUGUGUUUAAAGUGCGUAAAGAUGAAAGCGCAAACAGCGUGACGCAUGCAUCAGAAGCGUAUGUGUGCGUAAAUAUCCGCACUUUGGCGUCAGCUUUCAACCUAGACACAAUAGCUGCUGAGAUGAAGGUUUUGAUUCUAUCCACUAUCGUUGGUUUAGGGGCCUGUGCCCCUGAUCUCUUCAGUGGACCCCCUCAUCAUCCUCAUCAUAGCCCCUAUGCACCUGCCCCUUAUCACCCUGCCCCUGCCCCAUACCAUCCUGCGCCACACUACGCCCCUGAUCCCUAUGAAAAGUUGGCCCCCCGCCCCUAUGCCUACGAAUUUGGAGUUCAGGUAUAAAGAAAUCAACUUUUUAUAUCAAGGGUUG